AUGUCCUCCAGGCUCGGUGCAGUUCCCGCCACUUCGGGACCCCCAUCCUUUAAGCAGCAGAGGAGCACGAGGAUCGUGGGAACUAAGACUAGCAGGAACAAGUGCUUCAUAAAGGAUAACAGUUUCCAGUACACUAUUCCUCACGAUGAUUCCUUUAGCGGCUCAUCAUCUGCCUCGUCAUGUGAACCAGUAAGUGAUAUUCCAGCAACCUUCCGAAAAUCUACCUACUGUAUGAAGAUGAGAAGGAUCAAGCCAGCUGCUACUCCCCAUGUUGAAGAGUCAGAUGAAGUAUCAACUAAAGGAAAAAGGAAGCCCAGGCAGGAAGAAGAUGAAGAUUAUCGAGAAUUUCCUCAGAAGAAGCAUAAGCUGUAUGGGAGGAAGCAACGGCCUAAAACUCAGCCUAAUCCCAAACCCCAGGCUCGUCGUAGUCGGAAGGAACCACCAGCUUAUGCAGCAGGCAGUUUAGAGGAGCAGUGGUACUUAGAAAUUGUGGAUAAAGGCAGUGUCUCUUGUCCCACCUGCCAGGCAGUGGGGAGGAAGACCAUAGAGGGCUUAAAGAAACACAUGGAAAACUGCAAACAGGAAAUGUUUACUUGCCAUCAUUGUGGGAAACAACUUCGUUCAUUGGCAGGGAUGAAGUAUCACGUCAUGGCAAAUCAUAAUAGUUUGCCCAUUUUGAAGGCCGGAGAUGAAAUAGAUGAGCCAAGUGAGAGGGAACGGCUCCGAACAGUUCUAAAGAGACUGGGAAAGCUCAGGUGCAUGCGUGAGAGUUGCUCUAGUAGCUUCACCAGCAUCAUGGGAUAUCUGUACCAUGUCAAAAAAUGUGGCAAAGAGGCUGCGGAGCUGGAGGAGAUGAUCUUGAAGUGUCACCACUGUGGGAAGCCAUAUAGAUCGAAGGCUGGACUUGCGUAUCACCUGAGGUCAGAGCAUGGGCCUAUCUUUCCGGGGUCAGGACAGCCAGAGUGCUUAAAAGAGCUGAGCCUGGAGCCAAGGGGUGGGGGCCGAGUUCAGAGGCGUUCUGCCAAGAUAGCUGUGUACCACCUGCAGGAGCUGGCCUCGGUAGAACUGGCCAAGGAAUGGCCUAAGAGGAAGGUUCUUCAGGAUCUGAUACCUGAUGACCGGAAGUUAAAAUAUACUCGCCCUGGGCUACCUACCUUCAGCCAGGAAGUACUACAUAAAUGGAAGUCAGACAUCAAGAAAUACCAUCGUAUUGAGUGCCCUAAUCAGGGUUGUGAAGCUGUCUACAGUAGUGUAUCUGGCCUUAAAGCUCACCUGGGCUCUUGUACUUUGGGAAACUUUGUGGCUGGAAAAUACAAGUGUCUUCUAUGUCAGAAAGAAUUUGUGUCAGAGAGUGGUGUCAAGUAUCACAUCAACUCUGUCCAUGCUGAGGAUUGGUUUGUUGUAAACCCAGCAACAACCAAAAGCUUUGAAAAGCUGAUGAAGAUAAAGCAGCGGCAGCAAGAAGAAGAAAAGCGGAGGCAGCAGCACAGGAGCAGGAGGUCUCUGAGAAGGCGGCAGCAGGCUGGCACGGAGCUUCCUGAGUCAGCAGAGCUGAGUCUUAGAGUAGGGAAAGAUCAGAGGAGGAAUAAUGAGGAACUGCUAGUGUCGACCUCCUGUAAAGAACCAGAGCAGGAACCAGUGCCAGCACAGGUCCAGAAAGUAAAGCCCCCAAAGGCUAAUCAUAAACGAGGAAGGAAAUAG